AUGGACGGUGAAACACGUAAACUGAAAAAGGUGACAGUACUUAUGGAUUCCGGUGCCGAAUGUUCCUUUAUUGACACCACUCUGGCAGAAGAACUCCACUUGACGAAAAUAGUUAAUACCACCCUUCGUGUACUGACCGUUGGCUCAGAUGAAGUCAUCGCGAUUGCGAGUCGAAAGGUACCAUCAGACAUAUGGGAUGAAAACGUGGCCCUCAGGAUGGAGCUUUUCACUCAUGACAUUGUGACGAGAUGUGAUCAGAUUUGGCAACUUAUUAGACAAGACCAGACUCACAUCCGUCUACCCUCUGGCUUACACCUGCUACCGACACGUAUCGGACACCUAUUGACAGGGCGGCUUCACAACGCCUGCCAAGUGACACCACUACUGAAGAAGGACGAUGGUUUGCCGGAAUGGGACAAAUUUUGGUCUCUGGAAACAAAAACUCUCAUGAUGAACAACAACUCUGGGAUCAGUAUUGGCACCAUGGAAAAAGACGGAAUAGAGGACUUUGCCGGAACAGUAGCGAUACAAUAA